AACACUAAAUACAAUUCCAUGUACAGAUAAAUAGUUAAGCAGUUAGAUUAAACAAAUCCUUUGUAAGAUAAAUGUUUUAAAAUGAAACAUGUAUGGAAACAGGUGAAUUAACACUCCUCAGUUAGCAAGUUCAAGCAAGCUAAAACUAGCUAGCAGAAAUUGUUAUCAGGUUAGAUAUAAUUGAUACACACUUUGCUGUAGGCAACUAUUUACUAGUUAACAAAAAAAUCAUUUAUGUCAUAUAAAAUAUAUUCACCCCACCUGGUAUUGUAAUCUAAACUUACCAGAAAGCAUGUUGUCCUUGGCUCAGACAGUGUAGUAGUAUGGGCUCAAUAGCAUCUCAUUAGUGUGCAAGAUCUUGAGAAUCAGCUGUACAUGUGAUGGAAGAAUGCACUGUGCAUGCAGUGUUGCAAUUUCAUUGAACUAGGGAUAGUUGAACCAAAAUAUGCCACAAGACCUAGAACUGCCUUACACGCAUAUAUAUAUAUGUGUAUCCCACAAAAAAAGGUUCACUGUUAUAAAGCAAACUUUGUUUUUAAUUUUUAAAUGAAUUUAAGCAAAAUUCCCCAAAACUCCAGGGCUAAACUUCCCAUGGAAAUUGACCGAACAGUUUCCGACCCUUUGCAACCCUUGUCUUGACUAUAUUUCCUAUUAGUUUUGCAACUCAUUUCAUGUAUGUUUUCAUGGGAAAACGAGAACAUUUUUAAGUGACCCCAAAACCUUUUGAACGGUAGUAUACAUACAUUCCCAAUAUACCUGCCACCCAGCCCCCAGCAGUCUUCACCCAGGAAAAAGAGCACACCGGACAGGCCGCAAUGUCUUCUGGUAAAGCAGACCGCUAUCUCACCCAGCCACGAGACUCCAAUACCCUCACCCAGACAUGCAGCUCCAACAUCCAGAAGAUCACACAGAACAGUAACUGCCAAGAUAAAGAGCAUGGUGAAUCAGCUGGGGACGGGUCAAGACACCAGCGAACUGAGGGACAGUCUGCAGCAGAUACAGCACUUUACAAACCAGCUGGCCAAGGAGACCAACAAGCACCUGAAAGACCUGAGCUUCGUCUCACCAUCUUCAGAGCAGAGGCCACAGAAGAUCCAGAAGGACCGACUGAUGAAUGAAUUCUCCGCUGCCCUCGACAACUUCCAGGCCGUACAGCGCCAGGCAGCACAGAAGGAGAAGGAGUCUGUGACCAGAGCCCGAGCUGGUUCCAGUCUCUCAGCUGAAGAUGGCGUCUCUGAGGAACAGCUUGUGUCUUUUGAUAACCAAGAUGAUUGGGCUCAGACAAUCACACAGACAACAGAGGAGGACUUGGCACUUAUCAAGGAGAGAGAGACUAACAUCAGAAAGCUAGAGUCGGACAUCUUGGAUGUGAACCAGAUCUUCAAGGACCUGGCAGUGAUGAUCCAUGAUCAGGGAGAGAUGAUUGACAGCAUAGAGGCCAACGUGGAGAGUGCCGAGGUCCACGUAGACCGAGGGACAGAACAGCUUCAGAGAGCCGCCUACUUCCAGCAAAAGUCCCGUAAGAAGAUGUGCAUCUUGGCCGUGGUCUUGUCCAUAGUACUGACCAUACUAGGCAUCAUCGUCUGGCAAGCCACCCAAUGAGAAGAGACUACACCCAACCUUCUUUCACUUCUAUAUUUGUAUUAACCCCCAACUCGAAACACUAGCACCUGGAGCGGUUUGAGAAAGGGAUUCCCGGCUAGCUCACUGUUUGCAGAGGUCAGGGGAGGGACAUCAGGGGCAAAGGGAUGGGUCUGGGAUGUAACCUUACCUGUUACCUGACCCCCCCCUCCUCCUCCUGAGCUCAAGGCCUCUCACUAACCACCGCUCUGAGACAACGCAGUAGUAUUUCUAUUCAAAUGAGAGUAUUGGAGAGCGUGGAUUAAUAAAAAGAGACUCUUAUCUGUUUGUGAUAUUACUGCACUAACACGAACAUUCAUUGUAUUUACAAAAGCAGAAUAAUUGUUAUUGUAGGGGUGUCAAUCAUUUUUGUAACCUGUACAUUUCUGACACCUUUUUGUGUGUAAGCAGUUUAGUGUCCCACUCCUUCAAGUUAUAGGAGAGGUUUCCCCCAACACACAUUAAACCUCGACUAAAAUACAUUUUCCGAUGGAGAUUCUCCAUUGAGCUUGUUUUGUUGUUGUCCAGGACUAGCCUUAAUCUGUGUUGAGGAAACCACCUCGUAGUCUUUAUAUUGCUUAGGUGAGAUGAAGUUCUGAUAGCAACUUUGUUUUAUCGAACUGUAUAUAUGAUAAUAACAAACUAUGGUUGUAAUAAAUACAUUUAAUAACACUGUUGCAUGAGCCAA